AGCUCGGCCAGCCAAUGAGAGGCGAGCCUGCGGCCAGGCUUGGAGUCUUGAGAGGCAAGAAGUAGAAGCUGGUUGCGGAAGAUGUCCGGGCGCAGAGGCUCAGGGCGGGAGCGCAAUCCCCGGGGAUCUCAAAAAAGAAAAGCUGAGGUGGGUCUUGAGAUUAUAGUGAAAACUGAAGAUGAAAGCGACACACUUGUGGACUCUGACAAGGAUGCAGAGUCAUCAGAACUGGAGACUCGCUGGGAAUGGCUCAGUGAUGGAGAUUUGUGGAUGGUUUAUGCAGAUGAACCUAACAACCAGAUCAACCAAGCAUUCAGCACUGGAAAACAGUCUGUGACCAUCUCACCUGAGCCCAGGAUCUCCUUACAAGUGGAUCUGAGAAAUAUGGUGCAGAAGAAUAAAAAGAGUGGCUACCCACGACCUAUACGACUUGCUGUGAAGGAGCAGGAUCAAUUUUUUGUGUGGCAGUGGCUGUCAGAUGAUGAAACCUGGAUCUCCUACGAUGCCAAAACGUCUAUCUUCCUGGAAACGGCACUGCACACAGACAGCAAGAUUGUGUCUCUUUGUCUGGGUGGCAAGCCUUACACAAUUGAUCUUGGAGCCAUGGUGCAAAAAAAUACCCAGUCACAUUAUGAAAGACAGAUUCAGCGCUGCUUAUCUGUUGCUCUAGAUGCCACAGCUGAUGAUGAAAAUGACAGUGUUAGUAACGGACCAUCAUCUGCAAAAAGACUCUGCGGGAACACAAGCAUUGAAAGUGGCGACAGUGAAUCAGAGGAUAGCAAAGAACACAUAAGAACCAUUGUGUUAAAGGGUAAGGCCCCAGUGGAUGCUGAAUGCUCCAGCAAGCUUGGAAAGGCACAUGUGUACAGUGAAGGUGAAGAGGUAUAUGAUGUCAUGUUGAACCAGACAAACCUGCAGUUUAAUAACAAUAAGUACUACCUGAUCCAGCUGCUUGAAGAUGACAAUGCUAGAAAUUUCUCCGUUUGGAUGCGCUGGGGGAGAGUGGGUAAGGUUGGACAGCAUUCUCUGGUAUCCUGUGGAGGAGACCUGCAGAAAGCAAAAGACGUCUUUCAGAAAAAGUUUUUUGAUAAGACAAAAAAUCUUUGGACUGAACGCGAUGAUUUUGAAAAGGUACCUGGUAAAUAUGAUUUUCUGCGUCUGGAUUAUAACUCAACCAUAAAGGAGGAAGAAAAUAUUGUGGAGGUGGAUAAGCCAGCUAUAGUUCCUAAAGUGGAGUCCAAGCUAGAUAAUUCAGUUCAGGAAUUGUUAAAGCUCAUCUGUAAUUUGCAGAACAUGGAGGAAACUGUGCUGGAGAUGAAGUAUGACACUAAGAAAGCUCCUCUUGGAAAGCUAACUGUGGAGCAGAUCCGGGCUGGGUAUAGUUCCCUCCAGCGUAUAGAGAACUGUAUCAAGAAACAAAAAUUUGGCAAGGAACUUGUGGAGGCUUGCAAUGAGUUUUACACCCGGAUUCCUCAUGACUUUGGGCUCAAGACACCACCUCUGAUAAGGACAGUACAAGAACUAGUCUUGAAAGUGCGUCUUCUUGAGGCUUUGGGCGAUAUACAGAUUGCUGUAAAGUUAGCCAGUUUAGAUCUCCGGUCCCACGAGCAUCCAGUGGACAGACAGUACAGACAGUUACACUGCAAUUUGGAGCCUUUAGACAAAAAGUCAAGUGAAUUUCAGCUUAUUGAGCGUUACUUGCAAAGCACCCAUGGUCCAACCCACAAUGACUACACCAUGACACUCUUGAAUGUUUUCUGUGUACAGAAAGAGACUGAAGACCGCUUUCGAGAAGAUCUACCCAACAGGAUGCUUUUGUGGCAUGGAUCUCGUUUGUCUAACUGGGUUGGCAUACUUAGCCAGGGCCUCCGCGUUGCUCCUAAAGAGGCUCCAAUAACUGGGUACAUGUUUGGAAAAGGAAUAUAUUUUGCUGAUGUCUCCUCAAAGAGUGCAAAUUAUUGCUUCACAACUCGUGAUAAGAAUGUGGGAAUUAUUCUGCUAUCAGAGGUCGCACUUGGUGAAUGUAAUGAACUUCUUGCUGCAGAUUAUGAUGCUCAAAAGAAACUAAAAGGCAAACACUGCACCAAAGGCGUAGGCCGUAGCAUUCCAGACCCCCAAAAGAGCAUUAAACAUGAAGAAUCCGUGGUCCCCAUGGGCCCUCUCAUAGACACAGGUCUGAAUAAUAGCGAUGGCUACACACUAAAUUACAAUGAGUACAUUGUGUACGACAACCGUCAGGUCCGGAUGAAGUAUUUGCUGCAAGUCCGUUUCAACUAUGAUUCAUUGUGGUAACUGAGUAGCUUUAGAAGAGUGGAGCAGUAAAGUUGUGAUUUUAGGCACAUUCUGUCAAUACUACUGCAUGAGUAACUGGGAAGGAUGGUAGUGAGCAUAUGUACUUAAAUAGUUAAAAGCCUUGCUAGAAGAUAAAGCCUAUGUUUACCUUGUUGCCCAUCAUUAUCAGUAAUCCUGUUCUACUUCGAAAGUAGAGUAUAGAAACUUUGCCUUCUAAAUUCCAGUAGUGUACUUCUCGUUAGAUCUCAUUGACUAUUAAUGAACCUUUAUCUUUUUAACCUUGAAAUGGAAGAUCACUGUUAUAUAGAUCUUCUUGUAACUGAGUAAUAAAAUUAUAAUGUCGUCUUUGUGUACGUUA